GAUCGCUGUCGUCACCAUUGUCAUCGUCGUCGUCGUCAUGCGACUUUCUUAUUCUACAACCAUCAUUUUUCUUUUACUUGAGAGUAGAUCGAUCAUGGAUGUGAACGGUGAAGAAUUAAUAACUGUCGCAAAAUGGGGAUCUAUCGAUGGUCGAAGCGUAGAGAAGUACACGUUAAAAAAUAAAGCGGGUCAAGAGGUGGACAUCAUAACUUACGGUGCUACGAUAACAUCCUUUAGGACGCCAGACAAACUGGGAAAUAUCGCGGAUGUCGUUCUAGGCUUCGAUAAUAUCGAAGGCUAUUUGUCCUGGGAUAAACUAUAUUUCGGCUCAACGAUAGGCAGAGUCGCGAAUCGUAUAAGAAAUGCGGAAUUUACAUUGAACGGAGAAAAAUAUCAUUUGGCGAAGAAUGUAGGAGAAUUUAUUCUUCACGGUGGUUGUAAGGGUUGGAGUAUGAAAAUAUGGAAUGCCACGGUUGAAAGUAAUCGGCUUGUGCUUUCCCUGCUAAGCGAGGACGGUGACCAAGGUUUUCCUGGAGCUGCCAACGCUUCGGUCAUUUUUCAGCUAACCACCGAUGGAGAAUUAUGUAUGGAAAUAAAAGUUUCUGUUACCAAGGCUACUCCUAUCAACUUGACUAAUCACGCUUACUUCAAUUUAGCCGGUCAUAAUGGCAACGCCACGGAACUAUACAAACAUCGAUUUAUGUUGAAUGCGGAUCGUUGGACAAUCACGGACACGGACAAUAUACCCACUGGAGAAAUACGAUCGGUUGUUGAUACUGUGAUGGACUUGAGAAACUCGACGACACUUGGAGAUGUCAUUGAUAAAGUACCUGCCGGUGGUUACGAUAGCAAUUUUUGUGUAACUGCGAGUGAUACCGCUAACGAAAAAAACUUGGUCGCUCGAGUUUUACAUCCGCCUUCUGGAAGAUAUUUGGAAGUUUUUUCGAAUCAACCUGGAGUACAAUUUUACACGUCUAACUGUCUACCCGAACGAAAUAAGGUGGGUAUUCAAGGAAAGAAUGGAAGCACAUACUUCAAACAUGCAGCAUUCUGUUUAGAGACACAAAAUUACCCAGAUGCUGUCAACCACGAAAACUUUCCCAACAGUAUACUGGAACCUGGACAAAUUUAUCAUCAUAUUGUUAUAUACAAAUUUGGAGUAGUAGCUUAAAUAGUACAUACUAGUUCUCUGUAGGGUGCAAU